GGCUGGUUUGCUGACCUGGAACUGAGCAGAGCAACAGACAACAUGAUUCCAAGGAGGGUCCAGAGGCUGGCGGCAGACUGAGGCCUUAGGGGCGGCUUGGCUUAGCUGAGGCUUGAAGACCUCCAGAUGUGGGUUUGGAGGCAGACGGCUGGCUGAGGGCUGAGGCUUGAACUGAGCAGGCCGAAGGGUGAGCUGAGCAGGCUGAAGGGGGGAGGCAGGAGGGUUCAGAGGCUGACGGCUGGCUGAGGGCUGAGGCUUGAACUGAGCAGGCCGAAGGGUGAGCUGAGCAGGCCGAAGGGGGGAGCCAGGAGGGUUCAGAGGCAGAUGGCAGGCUGAGGACUGAGGCUUGAGCAGCUGCAUUGGAGCCCGGCUGCAUAGGACGAGGAGCAGAGGCGCUGAGCUGAUCCAACAUGAGCAGACCGGGUCAGGAUGAGAAAAGAUUCGACCCAAGAGACACUACGCUGAAAUUCGUUAACAGACCAGGUGAUCUGGAUCCGAUGCCCCCGGAGGAAGGAGAUCAGGGUCUCCAAGCUGAGAUGUCCUGUGGUCAUGCUGUUACUCCUCAAUCUCUGACUGGGUGGUGUCGCAGCCUGCUGGAUCAGGGCCAGUACAAAUUUAAGUGUCCGGCUUUGAAAGAUGGCACCCUGCAGCAGUGUGGUGCUCUGUGGUCUUAUCAGGAGGUUCGCCGCCUGGCAGUCCUGACAGCUGCAGAAAUGCAGCACUUUGAAGAGAACAUGGCACGCCUGGCAGCUGCAGAAUACUGUGAUUUUAAAACGUGUCCAGGCUGUAAGACCUACGUUGAAAGAGCAGAACUGACCGACCUCUGUGUAGAAUGUUUAGUAUGUGCAGAAGAUAAUGAUGAUGGGUUCCAGUUCUGCUGGCAGUGCUUGAUGCCUUGGAAAGGUCCAGCUCCUCGCUCUGAUCGCUGUGAUAAUGAUGGUUGCAUCAACCGUGACCUGGAACUGCUCAGGACCUGCAAGGACACCAUCCUGCCUGAGGUGGAGGGGGUUGAUGCCUGUCCCUCCAUCCGGGCCUGUCCCACCUGUGGUCAGAGGGUUGAGCACGACAAGACAGGCUGCAAGAACAUCAUCUGUCCUCGCUGCCAGGUGGAGUUCUGCUUUGUGUGUCUGAAGCUCACUCCUGAGUGUCUGGAGACCAGUUCCCACUUCAUCCCCUGUAGUGAUGGUGUGGCUCCCAGACAGACAUCCAUACCUGUGUGGCGCAGAAACUAAAAAUACACAAACCUACUCACUGUAUUUUACAAACCUAAUCAGUAGGAUUAAACUAAAAUUGAAAAUCUUGACUCUCAGUUUUGUAUUGAAAUAUGUAAGUGACCUGAUUGGGUCCAUUUACAACAAAUAAAGUUCAUUUUA